CGUUAUAAUUUUAGACACGAAAUUUCGUGUAUUUCUCCCAAAAAUUCAUUAUCCCUUUCACUCUCUUAAAAAAAAAAAAAAAUCCCACUGAGAAUCCCAUAUCCACAAUGGCUUCCUCAACUCUCUCUCCCGUCUCUCCUUCUCAGCUAUGCGCUGGCAAGAGCUCCAUGUUCUGUCCCUCACAUGCUUUCCUGGUGAAACCGGCGGCGAAGAGCCAAUCGGCGGUAGUAAAGGGAAAGGGAAUGAGAAUCGCGUGCCAAGCGACGAGUGUUCCGGCAGAUGAUAGAGUGCCGGAUAUGGGUAAGAGGCAGCUCCUGAAUCUGCUUCUCCUGGGUGCCAUCUCUCUCCCCAGUGCCGGAAUGCUCAUUCCCUAUGCUUCUUUCUUUGCCCCACCCGGGUCAGGAGGUGCUGGUGGGGGUACCGUGGCCAAGGAUGCCGUUGGAAAUGAUGUUAUUGCAAGUGAGUGGCUCAAGACUCAUGGCCCUGGGGACCGUACUCUCACUCAAGGAUUGAAGGGAGAUCCUACAUACCUAGUUGUAGAGAAUGACAAAACUCUGGCCACAUAUGGAAUCAAUGCUGUGUGCACCCAUCUUGGGUGUGUUGUGCCCUGGAAUAAAGCUGAGAACAAGUUCAUCUGCCCUUGCCAUGGAUCUCAGUACAAUGAGCGAGGACGUGUUGUCAGAGGACCUGCACCUUUGUCUCUGGCAUUGGCUCAUGCUGAUGUUAAUGUAGAUGAUGGGAAGGUAGUGUUUGUUCCGUGGGUUGAAACAGAUUUCAGAACCGGCGAAGAACCAUGGUGGGCUUAAACCUCUUCGCAUUUCAGUACUACUGCUUUCUUCGUCAUCAUUUUUAUUAAAUUCAAAUGGUGUCAGUUUGUUUUCUCAUACUCCUGAGCCAUAUAAAAAAGUUCAUCUUUUGUGAAAUGAUCAGGUUGAUAAUAUGUUUUAAGGACCUAAUUUUAUCCAUUGCUCGUAUAGUAUAAGGUUUCUGGGGUUGUAUCUUUUUGUAUCACAUUUCAUGAACAACUUCUGUUUAAAGGUUAACCGGAGAUGGUUCUUAUAUGUAUCUACUGAAAUUAUUUAAUUUAUUUUAUUCAAAUAAU